AUGCCAGGCCGAACACGACCCAUCGACAAGCUCGCCACAGCUGUGGGGAAAUGCUCUAAAGAGAGCUCCAUAUACGGCAAAUGUAUCUUUGCAGACUACAACAAUGUGCAUAAAAGCAUGUGCGCCACAGAAUUCUUGAAGCUGAAAGAGUGCUACCUGGUUCGUCCUCCAACACUCCAAUUCACACUCGAAUCUCCUCUAAUAAGACGUGCAGAAAGCGUAUAA